AUGGCCACCCCUAAAACCAUCGCCGAUCUGGAGGCUGCGUAUGAAAAGCUCCAGGGCAGUCCGGAAUGCCAUUCGCUGCUGAAAAAAUACCUUUCGCGGAAAGUACUCGACGAGAUUCGCUCCCGCCGCACCGCGAUGGGGGCGACGUUGCUCGACGUGAUCCAAUCCGGGGUAGCGAACCUCGACUCCGGCUGUGGGGUUUACGCGCCGGAUGCGGAGUCCUACAAGACUUUCGCCCCGUUGUUUGAUCCCAUUAUUGAGGAUUAUCAUCAGGGAUUUAAACCGAACGACCGCCAGCCCGCGAUGAACUUCGGAAGCAUGAGCGACUUCGUGGAUCUCGAUCCGGAAGGGAAGUACAUCGUCUCGACGCGCGUGCGUUGCGGGCGGAGCAUUGUUGGGUUUCCGUUUAACCCCCUCCUGACGGAGCCGCAGUAUCGCGAGAUGGAAGGGAUGGUGAAGGAAACCCUCGAGCACCUCGACGGGGAGCUUAAAGGCAGUUACCACCCGUUGCUCGGGAUGAGCAAGGAAACGCAGCAGCGGCUGAUUGACGAUCACUUUCUCUUCAAGGAGGGCGAUCGCUUUUUGCAGGCCGCGCACGCAUGCGAGCACUGGCCGGUCGGUCGCGGGAUCUUCCAUAACGACAAGAAAACAUUCCUCGUUUGGGUGAACGAGGAGGAUCACCUGCGGAUUAUCUCCAUGCAGAAGGGCGGCAACCUCAAGGAGAUCUUCGGCCGGCUGAAGACGGCGGUGGAUACGAUCGAGAAGAAAAUCCCCUUCUCGCGGGAUGAUCGGCUGGGGUUUUUGACAUUUUGCCCGACGAACCUCGGGACGACGAUUCGCGCGAGCGUGCUGAUCAAACUCCCUCAUCUCUGCGCGGAUCGCGCGAAGCUGGAGGAGGUGGCGAAGCGCUACAGCCUGCAGGUGCGCGGGACCGCCGGGGAGCACUCCGAAAGCAAAGACGGCAGCUAUGAUAUCAGCAACAAGCGCCGUCUGGGGCUGACCGAGCACGACGCGGUGAUGGAGAUGCAGAAGGGCGUGCUCGAGCUCAUUCGGCUUGAGAAGGAGUAUAAAUAA